UGCUUGCUUCGUCUUCCACUUUCCCACUCUGAAAAAAAACCGCUCUCUCCCUUGACCCUAAUCAAAAUGUCUGUCGAAAAUCACCUCAUGUUCAUACCUAGGUCGAUUCUUCACUCCUCCGUUCUGGGUUUCGAGACAUUUGCCUGUUUUGUGCUUCUCACGGGGGUCUGCGCCUUCUGCUUCGCUCCCGGAGGCCUCGCCUGGGCGCUGUGCAAGGAUCGAGCUUCCCGGGCUAUUCCGGGUCCACCUGGCUACCCCCUCAUUGGGUCGUUCGCCGUUUUCAUCGGGUCGACUCGCCACCGAGUGCUGGCCAAGCUCGCCAGGAGCUUCAAGGCCGAGGCUUUGAUGUCUUUCUCCGUCGGUCUCAGCCGGUUCGUGAUCGCCAGCCAACCGGAAACGGCGAAAGAGAUGCUGAACAGCACAGCUUUCGCUAACCGUCCUGUGAAUGAGACGGCCUACGAGCUUCUCUUCAACAGAGCGAUGGGGUUCGCGCCGUACGGUGAGUACUGGAGGAAUCUGAGGAGGAUUGCAGCGACCCAUUUGUUCAGUCCAAAGAGAAUCGCUGGCUCUGAGGCUUUCCGACGCGAAGUGGGGCUGAAAAUGGUCGAGGAGUUUAGGCGUAUGAUGUUGAAGAACGGCCAAGUUCAGGUGAAAAAGGUGCUUCAUUUCGGUUCUCUGAACAAUGUUAUGAUGACGGUUUUUGGGCGGUGCUACGAGUUCGACAAAGGCGGCGAUGGACUGGAGCUUGAGAAACUGGUGACUGAAGGGUAUGAGCUGCUGGGGUUGUUCAACUGGAGCAACCAUUUUCCGUUUCUGAGUUGGCUGGAUUUGCAGGGCGUAAGGAAGAGGUGCAGAAAGUUGGUUUCGAAAGUGAAUGGUUUUGUUGGAAAAAUCAUCGAAGAACAUAGGCUUGAGAGAGUGAAAGGUGGCAGCGUUGAGAAUGAAAGGGUUGGAGAUUUUGUUGAUGUUUUGCUUGAUUUGGAGGAAGAUGACAAACUCAGCGAUUCUGACAUGAUUGCUGUGCUUUGGGAGAUGAUUUUCAGAGGAACCGACACAGUUGCCAUACUACUAGAAUGGAUUCUUGCAAGAAUGGUGUUGCACCCAGAAAUCCAGUCCAAAGCUCAGUCUGAAAUCGAAGCCGUGGUGGGCUCCACGAGAACCGUCCAGGGCUCCGACAUUGCCAACCUGCCUUACCUCCAAGCCAUUGUGAAGGAGUGCCUGAGGGUGCACCCGCCGGGCCCUCUCCUCUCCUGGGCUCGCAUUGCCAUCCAUGAUGUCUACGUGGGAGAUAACUUUGUCCCGGCUGGAACUUCGGCCAUGGUGAACAUGUGGGCAAUCACACACGACGCGAAGGUCUGGACUGAGCCGGAGAAGUUUAGUCCGGAGCGUUUCAUGGCGGAGGAUGUGAGCAUCAUGGGGACUGAUCUGAGGCUGGCGCCUUUCGGUUCCGGAAGGAGGGUUUGUCCUGGAAAAGCGUUGGGAUUGGCCACUGUCCAGCUCUGGCUUGCUCAGCUGCUACAGAACUUCAACUGGAUUGGUUCGGAGAAUGGUGACGUGGACUUGUCGGAGUGUUUGAAGCUUUCGAUGGAGAUGAAGAGCCCGUUGGUUUGCAGGGCGGUUCCUAGGUUUGUUUGAUGAAGCUUUUUUGAGUUGUUAAACCAACCCUUGCGUGGUUUAAUUAGCUUGGUUAACAAGUUAGGGUAGACUCUAGUUUGAUUAAAGGAGUAAAUCAUGAUUAGGUGCCAAGUUUUGGAUAUGUUAGCUGCCACAGUUGGGGAAUCUCAUGAACUACAACAAGUUUGGGUUUAUCUUUUGGUUAAGUAUUAGUAGUUUAUGUUAAUUAAAUCGUGUUUGUGUAAUGCAUGGGCUGCUUAAUGACUGUAUAAUACUGUUUGGAAUAUAUCAACUUUGCUGAUUCUAUAUAUAGUUAUUGUGUUUUAUA